AUGAGCUAUUCUAAUGUCGUAUGGAUUGACGAUCCUUUUUUCAUUAAGAGACAACGUGUACAAAUUGCUUGUUCAUUUUGUCGUCAAAGAAAAAUACGUUGCGAUGGCAUAACACCUUGUGGAAAUUGUCAGAAAUAUUCUACAAACUGUGUAAAAGUUAAACUUGAAAGACCAUCUCGUGGAGCUAAAAAAAAUUCUAAUAAUGCGAAGAAUUGUAACGACAGUGACAAUAUUGACAAAGAUAUUAACGAAGAUGAAUUUAUCACCACUGAAAACAUUAACGCCACCGAUAAAAAUAACAUUUUCUCAACAGCAACAAACGCUUUAAAUUUAUCUUUGAUUUCUUCAUCCUCUUUCAAUUAUCGUAUCAAUAAACGUCCUAAUGAUGAUCACGAUCAAUUACCUCAAAUAUCUAAUCCAAUCAAUAUCAUGAUCACUGAACCAAAGAUUCCUUUGCUUAACAAAAAUCAAUUCUUUAUGCCAAAUGACGAAUUGUUUGAACAUUUGUUGGAUCUUUAUUGGACAAACGUACAUCCAAAUGUGCCAGUACUAAAUAAAUCUUUAUUUCUACAACAAUUAAAUGGUCCUAAUGAUCAAGCCUCUCCUCUGUUACUUAAUGCUAUGUUUGCUAUAUCUUCUGAUUUUUCUGAGAUCCCAUCAGUUAGACUAGACUCUGAAACCAAUGAAAGUAGUGGUUGGUUGUAUUUUGAUAGGGCAAGAAAUAUGUUGGAUGAUUUCUUGGAUGCGCCGAGGAUGUCAACAAUAGCUGCACUUAUACUCAUGUCUAUAUUUCAACAACGUAACACGACUAGACGUUCAGUUACUCCAGCUGGUUAUUUUCAACUAAGAAAAAGAUUAUGGUGGUCUUUAUUUAUGCUAGAUGUAUUAGUUUGUUGUGGAAUUGGUAAAACUAGUUAUAUAGAUGAAUUAGAUUGUACUAUUUCAGAUCCUAAUGUUGAUAUGAUUGAUGAACCUGAACUAAGAAACAGCAAUGAUUACAAUAGUAUUAAAGAUUUCGAAAAUCAAAUCAAUUCAUGGUUUUGGCAUUUGCCAAAACAGUCAACAAAUACUUUGGUGGAAAAUUUUAAUGAUUAUUCUACUACAAUGUUACACUUAAAUAUGCUAUAUCAUUCAUUUAUUAUAAUUUUACAUAGAAGAUAUAUCACGUCAUCAUUUGAUUCAUUUUUAAAAUGUUCACAUGCAGCAGCAAAUAUCAUGCCUAUUGGAGAUUUAAUCUUGUCCAGAUUGUCUAAACCAUUUAGAGGGUUUCUUAAUUGUACUAUCUGGUGUUUACUACAAGCAGGACUGAUCCAUGCAAUCAAUCAAUAUAGAGGAAAUGGAGAUACAAGUAGAGUAGCCAAGCAAUAUUAUGAUAGAAUUGUUGAUUUGUUUGAAAAAAAUUCACAGUUUACAGCAUCACAAGCUUUACAAGAUCAAGCAAAUGCAUGUAGUAGUAAACAUUCUCAAUCUUUACAUUAUGGUGGCAAUUCAAGUUCUAGUAAUGCUGAUAAUAACAGCAGUAAUACAAAUAUUUUUGAGAUAACUCAUUUAACUACACAUAUCAGCACACCAUAUCCAAGUCCAACACAUGGUGCAAUAUCUCCGAUGAUUAGCACGACACCACAAGUGUCACCAAAUGUUGAUUUAGGACAGUUCACAACCAGUAAUAAUGAGGCCACAACAUCACCCGACGAAUUAUUUAAUCCUUUCCCAGUACUUGGUAAUGAUGAAGAUCAUAAUAAUUGGUUUAAUGGUUCAACAUCCACUAAUUCUAAUAAUAAUUCACAAAAUCAUCCUGAUAAUCAUCAAACUGGAGACAGUAAUGAUACGAACGCGUCACCUAACGUAGAUAAUAGAGUUUCAACAUCAUCGAGUUAUAUUUUUGGAAGUUUUAACGGUUUAGGGAUUUGUUCAAAUUAA